AUGACCUUUGGAACACAGCAAGUAUUGAGUACCACUAUCAACCACAAGAAUUAUAAGUUUACUCAGAAAUUCAGGAACAAUGACAAAGUAUACCUAGCCUCUAAGCUUAAUGAGAAGUCCAUCGCCGAGGACACCAUCCAUAAUCUCGACGUCAUUCGUAUCACACCCUCUCUAAAGAAGAUUUAG